CGGCGUCGGCCGAGGGCGUGGCGCGCGGCUUCCCCCGCGGCCGCGCCUGCCAUUGGUUUCUCCUGGCAGCGGAGGCUGGGCCAGAGGCACGGCCAGGGAGUGGGAGGGAAAGUUGCUGCCUGCGCCAUGUAGUUCGCACUCGGCGGCGGAGUUUGCACGGGACUGGCUGGAGAGGGAGCCGCGCGCGCCAGGAGAGGCAGCCAGGUAAGGAGGCGCGGGGAGGGGCGGCCAGCGGUGCGAGAAGGGCCCAUCCUGCUGCUGCUGCUGCUAGGACCUCGCUCCUCGUCGCCCAUCCGCGCAGGAAAAGGAGCAGACAGAGAGACGAGUCCGGAUUGGAUCCAGGGGUGGCUGGAUGCGAGAAGGAGCAAACGGAGGACUUUGGGCCCCCCCCCAAGAGCUCCCCCACGAAACAAGACAGGAAGGAACUGCUCUGCAUUGUUCGCUGGGCUCCUGCUCACACCCUGGUGCUGGUGCCACACGCUCUAAGUUGGUUGCACUGAAGAGGAGGGGUUUCUUUGCUCCCACUUCUCCCAGGAGCAUUGACUGUGCCGGGAUUGACCUCUUGGCAGGCUUGCAUUCUCCAGCUUUCCACAGCUUGCACGAAGCGGCCGAAAUCGCUGUGUGAGUGCCACAAAAGAGCAGCCCCUGGCAGAGGCGGUGAUGCUGGGGUGCUCUCUUUGGGGCUCUGCACCCCCCACACCAACUGGGGAGAAGAGAGGAGCCGGGUGGCUUGAACCGCUGCUGCUGCUGGUGGUGGUCCUCUCUGGUUGGGUUUUGGCUCAGCAGACGGCUGAUUGCCCGGGAACUUGCGACUGCUCUGAGGCAGCCAGGACAGUGAAGUGCAUCAACAGGAACCUGACGGAGGUGCCGGUGGGCCUGCCCCGCUAUGUGCGGAACCUCUUCCUCAUGGGCAACCACAUCCAGAACGUCUCGUCCGCCUCGUUCCCCCCGGACACCCUUCUAGAACUCAGCAGCCUCAACCUGAGCGGUAAUCGCCUGCAGUGGGUGGAGGCUGGGACCUUUGCCGGGCUGCCCAGCUUGAAGCACCUGGACCUCAGCGACAACUCCCUCCUCAAGCUCAGCCCCGUGGCCCUGGGCAACACCAGCAGCCCCCUAGAGGAGCUGAACCUGCGCAACUCCCUCUAUAACAACAGCUAUGUGACCGCCGUGGCCCAGCUGCUUCAGCAAGAGGCCUUCCUGAACUUGAAGCGCCUGGACCUGUCCGAAAACACCCUGCUCUACCUGCCCCAGGGCAUGUUCGCUGCGCUACACAGCCUGCAGCACCUGGACCUGCACAACAACUCCCUGGUGAGUCUGCACGGCGUGACGCUCGAGAACCUCCGUCAGCUCCAGAGCGUCAACCUCAGCGGCAAUGCCCUCAAGCGCCUGAGGAACAGCACCCUCCUGCAGCUCCAGGGCCUUCCUCGACUCACCAGCCUCAACCUCACCCACAAUGCCUGGGUCUGCGACUGCAGUAUCGAGGACAUGGUCAGCUGGCUCAAGGAGAGUGACCUGGUGGAGGCCAAGGCAUCCCUCAAGUGCUCUUACCCCAAAGGGAUGGAGAACAGGUCCUUGGUGGCCAUUGAUUUUUCAGAGCUGAGCUGCCCAGAGCCGACCGAUAACCAGACUCAGCUGCAGACCUCUUAUGUCUUCCUCGGGAUAGUCUUGGCCCUCAUCGGUGCCAUUUUCCUCCUGGUUUUGUACUUGAACCGCAAAGGGAUCAAAAAGUGGAUGUACAAUAUCAGGGACGCCUGUAGAGACCACAUGGAGGGCUAUCACUACAGGUAUGAGAUCAACGCAGAUCCCCGGCUAACCAACCUCAGCUCCAAUUCUGAUGUCUGAAGAUGCAUUGCAGGGAAGCAGGCCAAGGGGCACAAUAGCUAUGCAUGGAAUGUAGACUUUAGCUUUACCCCCCUGAAAUGUGUGUGCUUUCUGCUCCCAGCAUACACCCUUCGAGGCAUCGCAGACUUGACAUGCGCCAUACAGAGAAUUAUGCCUACCUGUACAAGUUGCCAUUAUUAUUAUCCACAGUCGAUUGUGCAUGAUAUCAGGCUGUAUGUACGAAAACAUGCUGCUGCUGCUGCUGCUGCUGCCGCCUCCCUGCCUGUUUGCUUUGCAACUUGCUACCAGCCUUUGCUUGGAAACAUCUCUCUCUCUCUCUCUUGGCACCUAAAAAAGAAAAGGACAUUUUCACUCCCCCCACCUCCACCUUCUCCCACUCUGAUGUUCUCAAACCACGAGGGCUUAUUAAAAAGUACGAUUCAACAAAGGCUGCCUCAACUUCUUUUGGGAGAAAUGUUUGAUCCAUCAGUACCCAUGUUGCUUUUAUGCAUCCUGAACGGUGAAGAAUCUUUGUAGUGCACAUGCAUGUUUAGAACAUGCCUUUUUAAAAAGGGAAAAGGAAAGUUCUUUGUAUAAAGAAGCACAUAAAAUAGUGAGCAUGCAAAUAGUUGACAAAUUUACAUGGUAGGCAGGGAGAAACUGAAAACCGCAGUACAAGUGUUUGCAAUUUACAUGAAAACAGGAUUUUUUAAAAAAGGGGGGGGACCCUAUAAACUGCAUGUGAACUGAGUUUGAACUUUUAAAUAAUUCAAUAAAUGCUCUUACAGGAACUUUUGUUUUGCUGAAGUUUGCUGUUUUUAAUGUUCUGAUCUGGAAAUGAAGCACAGUAUGGAAUGGACACAGUUUCUUCAGUGGGGGAAAAAUUAUUUCCCCAUUACAAAACAUGGUGAAGCCUUCAUAUGUUAAGAUAUUUGCUUGAAUUCAUUUUUCCCCCCAUUGCUGUCGUUUACCUUUCAGAGAGACUAGGAAUGUACAAAGCUAUACUGAUUUCCACUUCUUUAUUUUAAACUGCAUGCAAACAACCGUCUCUUUCAAUAAGCAAGGUUGAUUUUCAUAUCCGGUUCCUAGAAUGUGGCAGCUGUUCAACUGCCAUAACUCUGCUGGUGAGGGCUCAUUAAAUUGCCGCUACAAUUCUGAAUCUGAUCCUUAGGACAGUCAUUGAAAUUGGUGGGAAUUGCUGCUGAACCAUGCACUCCUGCAGUCUAAUCCUGGGUAUAUUUGCUCAGAAGUAAGUUCCAGUGGGUGGAUUGUUUAAUGUAUUAAUUUCAUUUGUGAAUUGCUUCUCCCAAAGUAUUCCAAAGUGAUGCAACUAUUAAAAACACCUGCAAUUAAAAACAUAUAUAGACUAGUAGGGUUUACUCCCAGGUACUUGUCCAUAAUCUUACAAGUUCCAUGGAUUUCAAUGGGAGGGAAAUUCAUGCAUUUGCUUAGCCCAUUCCUUUUGAAAUGAAUUGGACUGAAAGGGGCUUAUUCUUGAGUAAAGCGUUUAAAGCUUUGAGCGAUAGGCUGCUGUGAUAAGUACACAUACAGACACAUUCCACGCAUGUUUCCUUGGAAGUAAUUUCUACUGAGUACACUGGCUUACUCCUAAGUAAACAGGGUUGGAGCCUGGCUAGAAAAUAAAUAUGGUUGUGUCUUAGUUCUCACAAACAGCAAACAAGCUGGUGGUGAAUCUACACGAACACAUCAGUGCUGCUUGAUUCACUCCCCUCAUACAGAAAACUGGCAUGUUGGCGCUGGCGUGUGUGUAAGUGUGGAGCAGCCUUUUCCCCAAAAUGCCUGGGUUUUUUAUGCUUAGGGAAUAGAGGAGUAUGCAAUGCUGUGAGCCCACCGCUAGCGUUUCUCAAGUGGUGCAGUUGAGAACCCCAUUUGCCACCUCCGCGCAUUUGUGAGAACAAGAAGGAAGUUUCUAAUUAAUGCAUUUAGCUUUUGCGGCUGGGCAGUCGCUUGUAAUCUCAGUGUUGAUCCAAAGGCAGUAUUGAAGAAGCCAAGUCUAUAAUACAGAGACAGGUAUGUGGGGCAAAUUUCAAAUCUACCUGUGACAUGUGUUGCAUCGCUCUCUUUUUUACAUUGUUACAUGAUUUGCAUCACACACGUUUAUAAGCAGAAAUCGCAUUUACUUUGGAUGCUGCAGAUGUUGCAGGGUUGCAGGAAACAAAAGUGAAUAUGUUGCUCUUUCUGGCCAGUAACUUAAGUAGCAGCAAAAGGAAACUGCGCAGAAUGUUGAUGCCGCUCUCUAUACUGGCUCUUAACAGAAUUCUAAUAAACUAAUUUUAAGCGAAGCUAUUUUAUCAGGUCUUGGUAAUCCGCAUAGUAAGUUCUAUGCUUAGUUUUGCUUGUGAAAUCUAAUUACUUCAGCUAGGUCUGAUAAAAUACUGUAACAACUUAGCAAAGCAAUAUUGUGCAUGUUUACUUGGAUACAGAUCCCAGUGUGUUAAUGGCUCUCAUUCCUAUGUAGGUGAGCAUAGGGACUGAAGCCUAGUUAUCAUAGUUCAGCAUCCUGCAGAACUUAAUUUUACAGUUGUCCUCAGUUCUGGUGUUUUUAAAGUGUCCCUACUUAAUUUUAGGUAAAGCUAAGUCUCUUCAAGCUUCCCCCCCCCCACUUGCCUAUUUAAAAGUCAACCCCCUAUUUUAAGGCUCAGGGGUAAAUAGAAACUAUACUACAGUUUGCUUGUUAGCUUUUAAAGACAUAAUUGCUCUAACUGUAAUCACGUUCUGCUAAAUGUAACUUAAAGAUUACAAGUGCAUGAGAAGAAUUUUUGAAUACAGGAGGUACCAGUUUUAAAAUAAUUUUAAUAAUGGUGUAUUUGUUGGGCCAAUUUGAAACACUAUGGGAUUUUCACAGACACAUCUAUGUUUCUAAGAACAGGGCUUUGCUAUGCUUCCUGAGACAGUUCCUGGGCUAUUUUCAGAAACUGUUACGGAGAACACUUGGCACUACUGGGUUUCCGUUCCACUCCUCUCUCAAGCAAUACUGUCAUGUAAAUUUUAGAUUGUUCUAUGUAAAGCAUGUACCAGCCAAACAAAUGCAUAUGUGAACAGAUGUUGAAAAUAAAUGCAGUGAAAAUGAGCUUGUUCGAAGGCUUUGAAUAGUGUUGAGUGCUCCAGAAUGCAUAUGUGAUUUGGACCGACUUGAAUCAAAUGUGUCUUCCAUUAAAAUACCAAGCAAAUUUACAGUGUCUAAUGAAUAAAGAGUGCUCUUGUAUCUGUUUAUUGGCUGAAGUGAGAAUGGCCAUCUCAGAAGGAACCAAAAUAACCUGCAAUGUUAGUUUAAUAAAAGAACUUGUUCACUUUGCUGUUUUACUUGAGCUACGCUCUCUUGGUUGCUUUGCUGUGCAUCUGUUAUAAAAUGGCACAUGGGCUUAUUUUAUUGUUUCCUAAAUGAUACGCACCCAGAAUUGUUUGGCAUGCAAUAGGAGGACUGAUAUUUGAGCUUAGUGUGUUGUGCAUGUUUUAGAGGAGUAACAAAAAGGUCCUUUUUUAAAAGAAAAAUCUCACUAUGAAGCAGAAUGGCAAUAUACAGUAUAUACCAGUAUUUUCCAUAGCAGCUCAAAAUGUGUUUGUAGUUCCCACACAAAAAAAGUACAGUUUGAAAUUAUUUAUUCGUCUCUUCCCCCUUCCCCUGGAGCUUGUAUUUUCUGAUGCUGUAGCUAUUCAGUGUGUUUUGACACAGGGAAUGUUCUUUGACAGAUGACAGAGCUUAGAAGGGAUUAUAAGGUGUAUAACAUCAGUUCUGCAAGGGACUGAGUUGUGGGGGUUUUUUAAUAGAUUGGAAAAUAUUUAUACCAUUUCAUCUAUACGGGGGAACUUAAAUCAGGUUCAUUUGCUAAUUUGGAAUUGUCAAAUACAAUGCGCUUCUUAAGUUACAAGGCAUCAGAAUCUGUGGAUCUUAUUAUAUACUCACUUAUGCCAGUGAUGUGAUGGGCACUGGAUGCUGUAAUCACAGUGCUAUAAAGUUGAAAAAUAUAUCUGCGGCCAACUAGAAUCCAGCCUAGCUAUGGUAACAUUUGGAGCAUGCAAUUCAUUUGAGCAACUUGUUUUGUUUGCCAAAUAAUUAUUUACAUUUAGUAGACAUUAUCUGGAUCUUCAAAUUAAAUCUUUGCCGCAAUCUGAACGCACCAGCUCCUUAGCUGAUGCAGUAGUUCACGGGACAUCCUAUAGUCAACAAAGUUGAUGUGUCCUUUCCACACUUGGUGUACAUUGCCCUCUCCAUGCAAUGCAAAGGCACAGAGCUCUCUAAUGAUGGGUCCCUCUGGCUGCACCAAUAACCUCUAGGCAGCCGCAUCCAUCGCCAGCUAUGCUUCUGCCUUGCUUUCUCUGCCUGUUGUGUAUUCUGCUGCAGAAUAGUCUCAGAAAGCAGAGGACUGAUGGAAAUGGUGGCUCCUGUUAUAUUAGAAGCC